AUGUGUGCGGAAUAUGUUGAGAAGCUUGUAAAUAACCGACUUCGAGAUUUAAGGAUUGGCGGAAAUUUCGAAGAUGCAUUACGCAUGGAGGUAGACCGAGCAAACUCCUCACCUUUUACCGUCGAAAUCAAGCAGGUUGCUCCCCCGAAACGAUUCUCAACGCCCUCUUUCACAUGCCUCAAAGGGGAUUCUGAUCCUGAAAGUCAUCUGAAGCAUUUCAAAAGUGUUAUGAUCCUCCACAAGGUUGAAGAUGCAUUAAUGUGCAAAGUGUUUGCAAUGACUUUUCUAGGAGCAGCUCAGGACUGGUUCAACACCCUGCCAUCCGGGUCGCUCAGCAGCUUCAAGAAGCUUGCUUAUGUCUUCACCAAGGAAUACACUUCUUACCGAAGAUUAAGAAGAACCCUGACCAUCUGUUCAACUUGCACAAGAAGUCUGACGAAUCCCUCCGGGACUACAUCAAGAGGUUCAAGGCGAAGAUGGCAAAAAUCAAGUUUUCGCGACAGCAGAGCGCUACGCACUUUGGACGACGACCGGAUUGCCACAAAGAAGGCUGCCGAGCAAGCCGAUCAAACGGCUGAGCAGGCAAGCCAAAGGAACGGCAACAACAAGGAUGAAGGCAAGCGCAGAUCACAGCCUGAAGAAGGUGCUCCAGCAACUGAGAGCUACACCAAGUUCACUAUCCUGAUUCACCAAAUCCUAGCCCAAGUAAAGGACAUGCCUUGGUUGAAGAAACCAUCGCCUUUGAAGGGAAACCUAGCCAAGAAAGAUACCAGUAGAUACUGCGCAUUCCAUGAAGGGUACGGUCAUUACACAAACGACUGCUUCGCCUGGAAAAGGCACCUCGAGGAGCUAGUCAGAGAUGGUCAUUGCACGGAAUUCAUUGCAAGGGGGUCUAUCCAACAAAUCAAGGAUCGAGAUGCAGCUGCCAAUGAGCCUCCACGAAAAAAGUCAUACGGAUCAACACGAUUCUAG